GCCAAAGUUUUCCACUAUGGAUCCAUAAGUUUGAUUGUGGAGCCAUGCAGAUCAGCACACUUGAAGGCAAUGGAAGUGGCAAAGGAUGCAGGUGCUCUGCUUUCCUAUGACCCAAAUCUAAGGCUGCCAUUGUGGCCAUCAGCUGAGUAUGCUCGUGAACAGAUAUUGAGCAUUUGGGACAAGGCAGAGGUGAUCAAAGUCAGUGACGUUGAGCUUGAGUUCCUCACCGGAAGUGACAAAAUUGAUGAUGCUGAUGCCUUGUCACUUUGGCAUCCUAACUUGAAGCUGCUCUUGGUCACACUCGGUGAGAAGGGCUGCAGAUACUACACCAAGGAUUUCCAUGGAUCAGUGGAGGCUUUUCAUGUCAAGACAAUAGACACAACAGGUGCUGGUGAUGCUUUUGUAGGAGCUCUAUUAACCAAGAUUGUGGAUGAUAGGUCUAUUCUAGAGGAUGAACCAAGGUUGAGAGAGGUACUAAGAUUUUCAAAUGCAUGUGGAGCCAUUACAACAACCAAGAAAGGAGCUAUCCCUGCCCUUCCUACUCCGUCUGAACUCCUCAACCUAAUCAAGGAGUCUGAGUCAAAAUAGAGAUUUGAGAUUAAAUUUAUGCUCUUUUACGCUCUGUCCUCUGAAAUUUUCCUCAAUUUUAGUGUUUGCCUUUCAAGUAGAUGUUCAUUUAACCUAAGAAGAGGUUUUCAAUCUCAAAUGUUCUUGUUUCUAUCUCGUAAAUGUAAUGAUAUAAUACUUUUGUUUAAGGUCUUGCCCAAUAAAAAUUUUGAUGUUUGGCUUGCA